AUGACUUCAACUCUAAUUCAUCGAACUGCUCGACAGCAUCAGCAAAUAUUCUUUUCUAUACUUCGCAAUUCAUCAUCUUCAGCAUCCAGUCAAACAGCAAGCCGGUGGAAGCGUCUUGCUUAUCAAAUAAGUGGUGGUCUAUUAACGGCUGGAGCAGUUGGUUAUGCCUGGGCAUAUUCUCAAGCCGUUCAUGCAUCUGGGAAUAAAGCACAUUUAGUUCCGUUACCAUGGUCAUUUAACGGUCCAUUCGAUUCCCUUGAUCACGCAUCCGUUCGUCGUGGUUUUGAAGUCUACAAGCAAGUUUGUGCUGCUUGUCACUCGAUGAAAUUUCUUGCUUACCGUCAUUUGGUCGGAGUUACACAUACUGAAGCAGAAGCAAAAGCCAUCGCUGCACAAGAUCAAAUUACUGAUGGACCUGACGAUCAAGGAAAUAUGUUUCAAAGACCCGGAAAACUUACGGAUUAUAUGCCAUCGCCAUAUCCAAAUGAUAAAGCAGCUAAAGCUGGUAAUGGAGGUGCUUUGCCACCAGAUCUAUCACUUAUUACUCUCGGUCGUGAAGAUGGUUGUAAUUACGUAUUCAAUUUACUAACCGGUUAUCAAGAUCAACCUGCUGGUGUCAAAGGUGAACCGGGUCUUCAUUAUAAUCCAUAUUUCAGUGGUGGUUGGAUAGCUAUGGCUAAGCAACUAUACGAUGAUCAAAUCGAAUAUUCUGAUGGUACAAAAGCAACUGAGGCACAAUUGGCUAAAGACGUGACUGAAUUUUUGAAAUGGUCAGCUGAACGUGACCACGACGAUCGUAAAAAGUUAGCUAUAAAAGCUGUUCUCGUAUUCGUUCCAUUGGUCGUCUUAUCCUAUCACUGGAAACGUGUCAAAUGGGCAUCACUGAAAUCGAGAAAGAUCGCUUUCUACCGACCAAAGCCAAAAAAUGAUUAA